AUGGGAAAGAAUAAAAAGAAGGUUACUAAGGCUAAUAAGCUUCCUAAAAGCGGUGAUGAGUCUUCUGUUGCGAAAAUCGUGGACGAAGUUGCUCAUAAAGAUACCUCUACCACUGCUCCAGUGUCUGGAGAUGGUGAGUUAAAUGCUGAAACGGUUGAAAAUUCUAAUAAUUGCGAUGACUCUAGUGAAGUUGGUACUAAAGACGAUAAAACAGUGGAUGAUCUUCGUGAUGAAAUAGCACAAUUGAGGCUACAGCUGGAAAAUAAUAAGGAAAGCGGAACAAAUGAUGAGAAGCUGUUGAAAAUACAGGAAGAAAGGGAUUAUUUUGAAUCUCAAUAUAAUACUCUAUUGAGUAGGUUGUCUUCUAUGAAAUCGUUGUUCAGUAAGAUGAAAGAGUCACAGUUAGAAUUGGAGAGUACCCAGGAACAGUUGGCUGAAUAUGAGAGUCGGAAUUUAAGUCUUAAGAACAAACUAGAGUCCCUGGCGAAAGAGAAUGAGGACUAUAAACAGACUGUAAGUGUGUUGAACUCUGAGUGCGAAAGCCUAAGUUCAGAGUGCUCAAAAUAUAAGGCGCGGGCGGACGCUGCGCAAACACAGUUGGAAACCACGUCCUCAAAGCACAAUAAGAGUGUCCAAGAAAAGACCAAGGAGAACCAAAUGCUACAAAGCAAGAUCCAAGAAAUGGCCAUUGUUAUAGACAGCUACAAGCAGGAUCUGUCCUCCAUGAAGGAGGAGAUCCUGGACUACAAGCAGCAACUCGCUCAGCUGCAGCGUGAAAAAGAGCAGACACUAAAGUCUUGCGCUCAGCUAGAAGAGCAACUUGCAGCGGCUACAACAGCACAUGAGCAUGAUGUGAGGACGUUAGAAAAUGAACUCAAAGUGCUGAAGGAGGCAAUCGAAAAGUCCUCGGAAGAGGCAAAAAUACACGAGUCUACAAUCGCAGAUUUACAGCAAAAAGUCGACUUGAUGAAAGAAGGUGUUGCCCUAAAAGAUCAACUCCAGCAGGAAUGCAAAGAACGUGGUUUGCAGAUCGGGAAGCUGCGCCACGAGGCAAUUAUCCUAAAUGAGCAUUUGACCAAGGCUUUAGCCUUGAUUAAGCAUUCUAACAACUCGGAGUCUGUAGAUAAGGAAUUGAUAUCCAACCUACUCAUAUCCUUUGUUUCAAUCCCUCGUGCAGAUCCUAAAAAGUUUGAGGUACUAGAGCUUAUUUCAAGUUUUUUGAAUUGGGAUGAUGAUAAAAAGAUGCAAGCUGGUUUAAUUAACGUAAGUGCAAGCGACUCAGUCAGAGGGAGGAUAGAAAGAAAAGAUAGUUUUGUAUCCUUAUGGGCAGAUUAUUUAGAGAAAGAGAGUCAGAAGUAG